AGGUCAAUUUGGAGGCGCCCAGAAUGAUUUUGAUUACUUUGACAUUGGGAUUGUUGGCGGUUUGGCUGCUGUAUGUCGCUUUGACAUGGAACUACGACUACUGGAGAAAGCGAGGAGUACCGGGUCCCUAGCCCAGUCUUUUCGUCGGCAACUACCCUAACAUGUUAACUAUGAAGCAACAUGUCGUCAACGAUCUAGACGAUAUCUAUAAGCAGUAUAAACACAAGUACGACGCAGUGGGCAUUUAUAGCCUUCGCGCUCCCCAGCUUCUAGUGGUCAAUCCCGAGUUGGCUCGUCGCGUAUUCGUGUCCAACUUUAGGAACUUCCAUGACAACGAGCUUUCCAAGAGUGUUGACGAAAAAAACGAUUUUAUUUUCUCCAACAAUCCCUUCACGCUGACUGGAGAACAAUGGAAAUCUAGGCGGGCAGACGUGACUCCUGGUCUAUCAAAUGGACGGAUUAAGACAGUCUACCCAGUGACAAGCCAGGUGUGCCAGAGACUGAGCGAGUGGGUCGAGAAGCAAAUACGUCUGGGUUCUGCAGAUGGAAUUGAUGCCAAGCAUCAUUUUCCGUCGUUAAGGCACCUGAUAAAGCUGCGCUUCGUACCGCUAAAAGUGGAACACUUCUUCGUGGAUUUGAUGGGCAGCGCAGUGGAGGCCCGUCGCGCCCAAUUGGCCAAUGGAAAGCUGUUCGAGCGAACGGACUUCCUGGACUACAUCCUGGAACUCGGGAAAAAGCGGUCCCUGGACAAUCGCCAGUUACUGGCCUAUUCCAUGACCUUCUUGCUGGACGGUUUCGAGACGACGGCCACGGUUCUGGCCCACUUGCUGCUCAACCUAGGCCGAAAUGCCGAGGCUCAGGAGCGUCUUCGCAAGGAGAUAAGCGCCCAUUUGCAGGAUGGCGUCAUCGCCUUUGACAAACUCAACGAUUUGCCCUACCUGGAUGCCUGUGUGCAGGAAACCAUCCGCCUCUUUCCGCCCGCCUUUAUGUCCAACAAACUUUGCACCGAAGCCAUCGAGAUCCCCAACAAGGAUGGGCCCAACUUUGUGGUGGAGAAGGGCACCACUGUGAUCGUUCCCCACUACUGCUUCAUGAUGGAUGAGGAGAUCUUUCCCGAUCCACAGUCCUUCCAGCCAGAUCGAUUCAUGGAGCCCGAUGCUGCCAAAACAUUCAGAGAACGAGGUGUUUUUAUGGGAUUCGGAGAUGGUCCUCGAGUGUGUAUUGGAAUGCGAUUUGCCACAUCACAGAUAAAGGCAGCCAUUGUGGAACUGAUCUCCAAGUUCAAUGUCAAGAUCAAUGCCAAAACUCGCAAAGACAACCAGUACGACCCAGCCCAAAUCAUCACUGGUCUGAAUGGGGGAAUUUGGUUAGAUCUUGAAAAGCUUUAGAGAUGCAAUUAAUCCAUCAUUCCCAAGGAACUAUUAAUGGCCCAGUUACCCAGUGCAUCGCUCCAGUAUAUAUUAUAUGUACUUCCAGUGCGAUAGUUAA